AUGGAGUCUGAACCUUCAUGGGAGGAACUCAAUGAGGUAGUCCUGGCAAAGGAGGAGGUGAGGCAUUGGCAGGAGGUGAAGUGGAUGGCCGCGGCAGCGAUUCUGACAAGGAAGGGUUUCAGUAUGCAAUCCCUUAAAAGCACGCUGAAUGCGGCAUGGAGUCCUGCACAUGAAGUGAAGUUUCAUCAGGUCGAACCAAAUUUGUUCGUCCUGCAGGAUUUUUGUCUGGGAGAUUGGAAACGGAUCAUGGAAGAAUGGUCAUGGCUCUUUCGCGGUUGUGCUUUGAUGGUGCAAGCUUUUGAUAGUGCAACGAUCAAGCCAAAUAUUCUGAACAUUGUGCAAGUAUGUGCUCAAAUUCACAAGAUUCUACCGCUGCUCCGCAACAAGGAGGUCCUCUCGCAGCUUGCUACGCGAGUAGGAGAGAUAGUAACAGUUGAUUUCAAUGAUGUGCAGACAAGGAAUGGUGCGUUCCAUAGGAUUCGGGUGAAGCUAAACCCUUCAAAACCUCCGACCCAUUUCGUGCCUCUGACAAUGGAGGGUGCAGACCGUAUAUUCCUUCAAGUUAAGUAUGAGAAGAUGCCAAAGCACGGUGAGCACUGCGGUUAA